CCCUUUUUUCCUGGUUUGCUGUUCGCUCUCUUUCAUUGCAGCAGCAGAUGGACGUUGGGCUGCACAGAAACUAACCUCCUGCUUCACCUUCAUUCUUCUUCUUCUUUCUCUGGAGUUACAGUUUGCAGCUUCACACAUCGUCAGGAUGAGCUCCAGCGACGUUGAUGUCAAGAUCCAGAUGGCGGAGAAGACCAGCGACGCCGAGAAGAUGUACACAUACAAAGGGGUGCUGUACCCUCGACUCAUGUGCCCCGAGGAGAACCUGAAGGCCGUGGAGAACAUGGAGGCCCGAGAGGAUGACGUCAUGCUGGUGGCUUAUCCCAAAUGUGGUUUUAACUGGAUGGUCGGCGUGUUGAGGAAGAUCAUGGUGGAGGCUGGCGGACAGAAAUCAGAAUCCAAAACGCCUCCACUGAUCGAGUUCUUUGGACCCGACAACUUAAAGGCCGUGAAUGAAGCUCCGUCUCCGAGGUUUUUGGGGACUCACCUUCACCCCGACAACAUCCCAGCGUCCUUCUAUGAGAAGAAGACGAAGAUGUUGGUGAUUUUCAGGAACCCCAAAGACACUCUGGUCUCCUACUAUCACUUCUACAACAACAACCCAGUUCUCCCAUCAGGACAGUCCUUCGACUCCUACUUCUCCCAGUUCAUGAGUGGAGACGUUGGCUGGGGCUCGUACUUCGAUCACGCCGUCGGCUGGGACAAGAAGAUGGACGAUCCCAACGUGAUGAUUGUCACCUACGAAGACCUGAAACAGAAUCUGACCGAAGGUGUCCGUCAGAUCUCCACUUUCUUCGGCUUUAAUCUGACCGAGGAUCAGAUCCAGCAGAUCUCAGGACAAAGUACCUUCAACGCCAUGAAGCAGAGCUCAGCCGACACCCACGGCCACCUGGGGAACAUCUUCUUCAGGAAAGGUGUAGUCGGCGACUGGAAGAAUAAUUUCACACCAGAACAGAGCCGAGAGAUGGACGAGGUUUUUAACAAACGUCUAGCUGGAACCAGACUGGGAGCAAAACUCAACUACCAGCAGCACUGUCAGUAGAAAAAUAACGCAGGAGGAGAGAUUUUUGGACUUUUCUGCUCAGAUCUGAGUCCGACGGCAUCUUCAAGCUUUACUUGAGCAUUUAAACAUCUUCUUAUGAAGGAGGCUGUGAAGAAAACGCUGCCUGGAAGCCUCAGUUCAGAGCUAAAAGUUCCAAGGUGAAAGGGAAAAUUACAAAAACACGAAUGAAAAAGGGGCAUUUAGUCAUUUUUUACUCAAAUCUGUGAAUUUUUGUUGUCUAUAAAUGUCAACUAUUCAGUUAAACACCUCAUGAGCACCACAUUUGGUUUCACCUGAAGUCUGACUGUAAAUAUAAUCCAGGAUCCACUGCACCAACUGAAAUACAAUAAUCAAAGUAACAGUCAUCCAUAUAUAAGGGCUACUAAGAAACAUGGAAGAAGGGAAACUAGUUAAUGAAAUGCUUUCCGGGAAAAUAACUCCUUUUCAGUUCAUAUCAGCUUUUAAAAUCUGACAUUGGAUGAAUUUAAAAAAGCAUUUUAUUUAGUCAUUUUUGUAAUCUUUGCCAUUAUUCUAUAACAUUAUAUAUGUACUUGAAAAAUAUUUUACUUUUCUGUAAUUUUGAAUUAAAAUCAAAAUUUAAAAUGACAGAUUUUUGUGAUUAACAUGGUGGAAUUCCUCUUUUAUUUUUCUGUCUUCAAAUGCCAAAUGGAUCAGGAUUUUCACAGUAAAAGUUCUGUUGUAUUGGUGCUGUUCAAUUUAGAUUUAAUCAAACCAGCUUUGAUCACAUUUUUCUUUCUGGGUUUGAUUUUUCUGCAAAAUAACACUUGAAUGUAGCAGCUUCACUCUCAGAUGAUUUCAUUUAGUCCCCAAUAGUUUCAUUUACUGCAGCUUCAAAACAAAUGUAAAGACUUAACGGGUGAAAUGUCUUCAUGCCGGCAGCUACCUGAAACCACGUUGGGCUCUUUGAAAUAUGCACAAUCACUGUUUUGAACUGUUGUACAGGACCAAGAUGAAAAAUAAAUACAACUGUAUGAUUUCAA